AAACUUUCUCUUCUUCAAGAUCUCGUAUAGCUUUUAUUAAUGGGUCUCUAUCUUAUCCUUUUUCCUAAACUCACCCGUGUAACAACGAAGCUUUACUUAUGUUUCCACUAGCUAUUGUUAUCUUAUUUCAACACUGUUAUUUUUAGCCUGUCUAUGCAUUUUACCAUCUUACGCGAAUUAGCUCGUUAUGUGCUUUGUUUACCUUUGCCAGCACUUGAUCCUACGUCAACUUUGGAGGAAGACACUACUUGUUGCAACUUUGUAUCGACUGAGUGCCAGUAUCUGACUGUCAGCAACUCCAGUGCCUGUGCUUGAGUACUGUGCUUGUAGUGUUG